AUGUCAUCAGAUCGUUUGGACAGUUACAUUACUAGUUCGAUAGCGCUGCUUGAAGCGAAUCCAUCAUCGACGCUAGUGAGCGUCAAGUACCAGAGCGGAGCUAAGGCUGGGAAGGUAAGCUUCAGCACAAGUAACCCGAAUCUCUUGGCAAAUCACAAGUAUAGCACUUCCAAAUCUAAAGACGUCUCGAGGCUGUUAAGUGCACUUGGACCGCGGGGCGUGUCCUUAAUGCCCGGUAAGGUAGCCAAGAAGCGUAAAAGCAAAAACUCCAAGUUAGCAUCUGUCAUUGACGUGAACGGCAUGAGCUCUUUGAUGGCCAACGUGGACAUCCCGGAGGCCAUCGAAGAGGCUCCACAACCCAAGGUAGGGAAGAAAAAGAAGAAAAAUAAGAAGCGCUAG